AUGGCGGCCCCCACAGGAACUGUGAUGAAGGUCUCCGGCCCAUUGGUUGUGGCGGAGAACAUGUCUGGUACCAAGAUGUACGAGGUGGUGCGAGUGGGCAAGGACAGGCUGGUGGGAGAGAUCAUCCGGCUGGAGGGCGACACAGCCAGUAUCCAGGUGUACGAGGACACCUCCGGCCUCACCGUGGGGGAUCCCUUGGUGAAGACGGGCCUCCCGCUGUCCUUGGAGCUGGGCCCAGGCAUCCUGGACGGGAUCUACGAUGGCAUCCAGCGGCCCCUGGAGCGCAUCCAGAAGCUGGCGCAGAGCGUGUUCAUUCCGAGGGGCGUGGAUGUGCCGAACCUGGACCGGGACUGCCCCUGGGACUACACUCCGGAGAACAACGUCAAGGUGGGCGACCUCGUCACUGGUGGUGACGUGGUGGGCAUCGUGAAGGAGAACGGGCUUUUCAAGAAGCAUUACAUCAUGGUGCCUCCCGGCGUCAAGGGCCGCGUGAAGAAGGUCCUGCCGGCGGGCCAGUACAAGAUCGACACAGCGGUGGUGGAGGUGGAGGAUGCUGGCAAGGCUCAGCGCGUGGAGCUCUUCCAGAGAUGGCCGGUGCGCGAGAGUCGGCCCGUGGUGGAGAAGCUCCAGGGUAAGGAGGCGCUGCUCACCUGCGAGCGAGUCAUCGAUGCCUUGUUCCCCGUGACCUUGGGCGGCACGGCGGCCGUGCCAGGCGCCUUCGGGUGCGGCAAGACGGUGAUCUCCCAGGCUCUGUCCAAGUACUCCAACUCUGACGUGGUGGUGUACGUGGGUUGCGGAGAGCGGGGCAACGAGAUGGCGGAGGUGCUCACGGAUUUCCCGGAGCUGACCACGCUCAUCGACGGCAAGGAAGAGCCCAUCAUGCAGCGGACCACCUUGGUGGCCAAUACCUCCAACAUGCCCGUGGCGGCCCGAGAGGCCUCCAUCUACACAGGUGUGACGACAGCGGAGUACUUCCGCGACAUGGGCUACAACGUGGCCAUGAUGGCGGACAGUACCUCCCGCUGGGCGGAGGCGUUGCGUGAGAUCUCCGGCCGAUUGGCGGAGAUGCCCGCAGAUGCCGGGUACCCCGCAUACCUAGGAGCGCGCUUGGCUUCCUUCUACGAGCGCAGCGGGCGCGUGCAGUGCAUCGGCAACCCCCAGCGCGAGGGCUCCAUCACCAUCGUCGGGGCCGUGUCCCCUCCAGGCGGCGACUUCACGGACCCCGUGACCUCCUCCACGCUGAGCAUUGUGCAGGUCUUCUGGGGCUUGGACAAGAAGCUGGCGCAGCGAAAGCACUUCCCGUCGAUCAACUGGAACAUCUCCUUCUCCAAGUACAUCCGAAUUUUGGAGCCAUACUUCGAGAAGUACGACGCAGAGUACAGCAUGCUGCAGCAGAAGAUGAAGGAGAUCCUGCAGAAGGAGGAUGACCUGCAAGAGAUCGUCCAGCUGGUCGGCAAGGACUCCCUGUCCGAGGAUCAGAAGUGCACCUUGGAGGUGGCGAAGAUCAUCCGCGAGGAUUUCCUGCAGCAGAAUGGCUUCACGGACUAUGACUUCAUGUGCCCACUGGCCAAGACCAUCGGCAUGAUGAAGGUCAUCGUUGGCUUCCAUGAAGCCGCUCAGAAGAUGAUGGCAGAGUACUCAGGCGAGCACAAGGUGGGCUGGAACACCAUCAACGCGGCAAUGAAGGACAUGAUCAAGAAGAUCACAGACAUGAAGUUUGAGAUGCCGCGCCAGUCGGAGGAGCACUACAAGAAAGUCUUCGUGGCUCUGCACGAGGAGGUGCUGGCGGCCUUCCGCACUCUUGCGGAGGACAAGUGA